UCUUUUUGUCUGACCCUGUUCCAGGUCCAGGGACUUUGCAGACAGCAAGUACAUGCUGCACCAUGCACAGUUUAACAGCGAUGUCCUCCCAGACAGCUACAAGAGGCCCUACCUCAUCAAAGUGACGUCUGAGUGGUGCUUCGCCUGCUUAAACAUUGAGCCUGUGUGGAAAGAGACGGUGCUGGAUCUGGAACCUUUGGGUGUGGGCAUCGGCAUUUUGGACCUGGGCUAUGAGCGUCGCCUGGCCAACCAGCUGGGAGCUUACAGAGCUCCCUCCAUCAUCGGGCUGGUGAACGGCAGGGUGACUUUCUUCCACCAGGCUGUGGUACGGGAACACCUGCGACAGUUUGUGGAGGAUCUGCUGCCUGGCCAUCUGGUGCAGAGGAUCAACGACAACAACUAUCAGGCUUUCCUUGACAGCUGGCAUGUGGAAAAUAAGCCCAGUCUGCUGCUGUUUGACCAAAUUCCUUCUGUGCCUCUUCUCUACAAGCUGACAGCGUUUGCCUUUAGAGACUACGUACGCUCUGGCUACGUGGAUCAAGGUGCAUCGCACAACACCAAGCUACUGCGACAGUUUAACAUCAACACCUACGCUCCCACCAUGCUGCUGUUUAAGGAGGAUACGGAGAAGCCUGUAGACAUCAUCCAGGCCAGAGGGAUGAAGAAACAGCUCAUGGACGAGUUUGUUUCCAACAACAAGUUCCUGCAGGUGCCGCGGCUCGUCAACCAGCAGCUGUUUGAUGAGCUGUGUCCUGUUAAACAGUUCCACCGGCGGAGAAAGUACUGUGUGCUACUUAUCACCGGGGAGGAUGAAGCCUUCCUCCCAGGAAACAAGGCCUUCGUUGACUUUGCCACUGUCAAUAAAAAAGAUAUUCUACGGUUUGCAUACGUCUACCAGCGACAGCAGCAGCCUCUCUGUCAGGCGCUGCUACUCACCCAGGCCGCCGCCUUUCCUCAGGUGGUGAUUCUGGAGAGGCGGAGUCAGGCGGGCAAGGUGUUGUACCGCUCCGUGAGUGGCGGCUGGAACGGCAGCGAGGAGGACAAGUUCCGGCUCCACGAGCAGCUGGAGCUACUGCAGAAAGACCCCACCUACCUGAGGUCCGACGCCACCUUGCCGGAGCUCAACAACGAGAUGGCUCCAAUGUUUAUUAUUCAGUGGAUGAAUGCUGCCUAUGAUUACUUGCUUCAGAUAUACGACGGCCUUCUCUACUCAAAUUGGCGAGAGAUGAUGCCCAUCCUGUCCUUGAUCUUCUCGGCUCUCUUCAUUCUGUUUGGUACCGUCAUCAUUCAAGCUUUCAGCGAGCCAAGUGAGAGCAAACCUCAUAAACCGAAGCCAAAGGAGCAAAACCAAACUCAAGCUGAGGACGAUGCAUCAAGCAGAACAAGCACCUCAAGCCGUCCUCCAAAGAAGGACUUUGUGGAGGUGACGGAGCUUACAGACAUCACCUACACCAGUAACCUGGUCAGACUGAGACCAGGUCACAUUAACGUUGUCCUGGUGCUCACCAACGCCUCCAAGAAUGCUUUGCUCAGGAAGUUUGCAAAGGAGGUUUUCUCUUUCUCUGGCACGCAGACCCUCCACUUCUCCUUCCUGAAUGCUGACAAGCACCGCCACUGGAUGCCUUCGCUCCUUCGCUCGGCCUGUUCAGCUGCACCCAGCGAAAGCCACUCAGAUGACGAAGAGUCUUCAGAUUACACAGGCCAUGUCCUGGCCCUUAACGGCUACAAGAAAUAUUUUUGCCUCUUUAGACCCGUCUUCACCGGGGAGGACCCCAACGACUCAUCAUCCGACACCUCUGACUCUAAGAGGAAAUCGCGAUCCAGAUCCAGGUCCAGCUCCCACUCUCGCUCCCGUUCUCACUCCAGGGAGGACGGAGCCGUCCCUAAAAGAGGUUCAAGCAGAGCCACGAGCCUAGAGGUCCACCACAAGCUGGAUAGGCUGGGACUGUGGAUGGAAAGGCUCAUGGAGGGCACUCUGCCCAGAUUAUACGUCUCAUCGUGGCCUACGCUGAACGAUGCCUCUGACCCAUCUGCAGAGAGCUGAGGUCAGAGUAAAGAACAUCUGUUUUUUUGUUUGUUUUGUUUGUUUUGUUUGUUUUGCAAGCUGCAGGUCAACCUUGUUGUUUUAAAAUAACUGUUUAGGUUCUGUUGGGUAAACGUAGCGCAGCAUUCGUCUGUUAGCACUGAUGCUGUUGGUGAGCAGCAACACUUUGCAGAGGAGUGUAAAUGCAAAUAUCCAUAUUGCUUCAUCAUAUUCAGUCUGUAUGAAUCACAGUGCAGGACGUUAGCCGUGUCUAUCUGAGAGUAACAGCAGGAGGCCAUUACCAGGCCAGAAUAUUUGUCACGCCAUUGUGUACUGUUAGUUUUAUUUAUAAAUUAUAGUCAUGAUUACAUGGACGACUAGUGACAUCUGUAGUGAAGAGCGGCUACAGAAAGCCUUCUCAGUCAGACCCAGAUAUAAACGUCAUUUACAUCACAACCGAGUGCACUUGCAAGUCAAUGUAGCUACUUGGAACAAGCAGGACAAAACAAUGUUAAAGAAAGACCAGAGCUGAAAGUUGUGCUAGAAGUUUCUGCAUAAUAAUAAUAAGUUUCCAGAAAGCUGUUCAGAAAUGAACAGAUGUGCCUGUUUAUUUGGGUCAUACAGCCAAAUGGGAUUUUAAAUGACCAAAAGAAGCAGUUUAAGACACGUAAAUUCCAACAUGGAUGCCUAUGUUAGGCUAAAAAACUGAUCCAGCAGCAAAAAACUUUAAGAUCUUGUCCCUAAAUUCUCAUUCUGGUCUUAAAGUUGUAUUAAAAAGCCAUUUAGAUGCCCUCCAGAACUCACCACUAAGGAAAUGCAUCAAAAAGCUGGACUGUAGGAUUGAUUCAUUCAGUUCUCUUGUCUUUUUCUGUUCCCAUAUAGGCUCUUAAAAUGUGUCUAAACUGAAGCGAUUUUUGUUUCCUUCAUAAAUACCAGUUAUCUAUAGGGAAAUGGAUAGAUGGCUUUUUAUGGAUAUGCAUCUUUUCUUUAUUCAACCCAGGGCGUUUUUUCUGCCUCCCCAUGGUACUCAGUAGGUGAAGUCAUGCAGUGAUGGAAACAGGCAUUUUUUUUUUUGCACUACUUGAAUUAGAUGACCUCAUCAAGCCUCUGAAAUGCACUUCAAGUUUUAAAAUAUCAAAUCUCUUUAGUUAGAUUCUUUAGCAAGUGGUCUGAAGGAAUGCCAGAGG